GGUCAACUUUUUAGUAACUAAUUGAGAGCUGUUAUAUUGGUGUGCAUUAAUGCAUAAAUCCUCUUGUAGUACUAACUAAAACUGAUGAUCUUAUCAGGUUAAGGAAAAUCCCUUAGGCGACUUUAAAAGCAUGUAUCGUCACAUUUCUAAAGGGUCAUGGACUUUCUCAGAUCAAGACCAUGGAUGGCAAGUUUCAGAUUGCACAGCAGAAGGCUUGAAAUGUUGUCUUCUUUUAUCAAUGUUACCACCAGAGAUUGUGGGUGAAAAGACGGAACCUGAAAGGCUUUAUGAUUCUGUCAAUGUCUUGUUGUCACUUCAAAGUGAAAAAGGUGGUUUAGCUGCAUGGGAGCCAGUCAAAGCUCAAGAUUGGUUGGAAGUAUUGAAUCCUACAGAAUUUUUUGAAGGCAUCGUAGUGGAACAUGAAUAUGUGGAAUGCACAGGAUCAGCAAUUCAGGCUUUAGUUUUAUUCUCAGAGCUGUAUCCAGGGCACAGAAAGAAAGAGAUUGAAAGCUUCAUUGAGAAAGCUGUGAGGUUCCUUGAAGACACACAAACAGAAGAUGGCGGAUGGUAUGGCAACUGGGGGGUUUGCUUCACUUAUGGCACUUGGUUUGCAUUAGGUGGCCUUGUUGCUUCUGGUAAGACUUAUAAUAAUUGUCUUGCCAUUCGCAAAGCUGUCAAUUUUCUCCUUACUUCACAACGAGACGAUGGUGGCUGGGGAGAGAGCUGUCUCUCGAGUCCAAAAAAGAAAUAUAUUCCCCUUGAAGGUAAUAGGUCAAAUGUGGUACAGACGGCCUGGGCUAUGAUGGGUUUAAUGCAAGCUCGACAGGCUGAGAGAGAUCCCACACCUCUUCAUCGGGGAGCCAGAGUCCUAAUCAAUGCUCAAUUGGAGAAUGGAGAUUGGCCCCAACAAGAAAUCACCGGGGUAUUCAUGAAGAAUUGCAUGCUUCAUUAUCCAAUGUAUAGAAAUAUUUAUCCACUCUGGGCACUUGCCGAAUAUCGCGGGCGGUUAUUGCUUUCCGAAUAAAGUUCAAUAAAUAAACUAUAUGCAAUUUUUAAAUAUCUAAUGUGAGGUGAAUGUGGAUCAAUCAAUUUCCCUCAAAAUUCUAGGACU